AUGGCAUCUAUCUCGCGCCCUCUCUCUGACAGGCCACUAGACCUUUUUCUCACUGCAUUCUUCAUUGUCCAUAUACCAACGUCUUUGCUGAUUGACGGUCAAGCAAUUCUACCUAAAUAUCUGACAUGGGGUCCUGCUCGCUCUGCUCUGGAUUGGUUUGUGGGCUUCAGCUCGGACCCGUUCAUGGGCCCAAUUGGAAGAGGUCCUAUUCCUUGUCAUGGCUUGAUCAAUGAUUCACCAAAGAUCCGUGUUCCCUCGAUCUUCUACUGUGGGCAUGUAAUGACAACGUUGGUGCCAAUCUUGUCGGAGCUUUGCUUAUCUGAAACGCUCACUUUGGCUCAAAAGCAAACGUUGAUAGGAAUAUAUCUACCAUAUUUUGCUAUUCCAGCUGUCCUACUAUACCGUAUGACGCUCGGAUUCGAGAAAUGGAGAUUGCCUGGGGCUAAGCGCCCCGACUCGAAGGACCAAUAA